AUGCCGACCGCAAGCGUAGCCGUUCCAGCUGCGUCCGCCUCGUCCACGCCCGCCUCGCGAAAAACCUCCUCGGCCGCACCAGAGAGGAAGUACAAGUGCCAGUUCUGCAAUCGCGCAUUUAGCAGGAGCGAACAUCGCAGCAGGCAUGAGCGGUCACACACGAAGGAACGUCCGUUCAAGUGCAUGAAGUGUAGAAGUACCUUUGUGCGUCGCGAUCUACUGCUUCGACAUGACCGCACUGUCCACGCCAAAGAUGGCGGCGUUCCCCUCCACAGCGACGGUAAGCGUCGUGGUGGCGGUGUGUCCAAGUCCAGGACCGUCUCGGGCCCGAACAAGUCGUCGCUUGCUAUCGACCCUGCUGCCAUCGAGCAGCUUGAAGCCAGUAGCGAAGGUAUUUUUGACGUGGAAACCGCCGCCAUGCUGGUGGCUGACCUUCAUCACAAAGCCACCGCCGCGAUGCGCGAUAAUGGGAGCCCCUACGAAGCCAACUCUGCCAUGGGUUCUUUCCCGCACAACGGCGCCGCUCUCAUGGAGCCUUCUGUGACGUACCCCUCCGGAGCCAUCGCCAUGUCGCCUUGGGAAAACUACAUGGCUCCUGAUGCCAAGGCUCACUCGAUCACCUCGAGUGUGUCGGGUCCCUUCGAGUCGCACCAGGCGUUCGCCGCGCCGACUGCUCCGCAGUCCCAUGCAAGCCACCUGCCGCCUAUGAAUGGCCAGAACGGUAAUGGUAUGAUACCUGCGACAUCGUCGUCGACUGCCAAAGUCUUACCCACGCCUACAGGCACUCAAGCUCCCCACUCGCCCUACCUUUCGCAGCGCGCCCACACUCCGGUCGAGUUGCCCCAGUCUCCUGCUGGCUUCAAGACACCCCAAGUCAACAGCGACGAGGAGCGAAAUAUGAUCCUUGACAACAUUCGCAACAGCGAUUCCGAGCAUGCCAUCCCAGAAGGGUUCCGCCUCCCGAGCAUGUCGUCGAUCAACAGGUAUCUGGCAACCUACUUCGGCUUGUUCCACCAUCACCUGCCUCUGUUGCACCCCGUGUCGUUCAAUCCGGCCCAAGCUUCUCCGCCGCUACUCUUGGCUGUCCUUUCCAUCGGCGCCUUGUAUGCCUUCGACCAGGAGCAAGCAUACAUGCUCCACAUCGGGUCCAAGGUGCUGGUCAACCAGUUCCUCCAGAACAAGGAGAGCUUCAGCUCUCGCAAGUGCCCUCUCUGGACCAUGCAGAGCUCUCUGCUCAACAUGAUCUUCGCCAGCUGGAGCGGCGACCCCAAGGGUCUCGAGUGGGCCUGCUCGAUUAAGAGUCUGCUGGCGAACAUGGUAGCGGGCAACCGCUACGAGCUCAAGCUUCGACAGGAGGCUCGCGAAGGCCGACUGCCCACCCGGAACGAGUGGGUCGAGGAUGAAGGCUGCCGGCGCACGUACUAUGCCGUCUACAUCUUCUUUGGUCUGCUGACUCUGACUUACAACCACACCCCGGCCAUCAGCUUUAAUGAAUUUGAGGACCUUCAGCUGCCAUCGACUGAAGCUUUGUGGAAUCUGCAAGUCUCUGACGAGGCAUCUUGGCACGAGCAGCUCAAGGCUUCGGCGAGCGUUACCUUCAUGGAGGCACAUGACAACCUCUUCCAGGGCGAGACGCUCAAGUACAGCGCAUUCGCAACUCGUGUUAUGAUCAACGCACUCUUCCUGGAAGUGUGGUACCACAAGCGCAGCCCCGAGGCUUUGCAGGAUGUCGUUACCGAGUACAAGCUGAGACUGGCCCUCGAGACGUGGGAGAAGUCGCUUGCCCUGUGCGAGCCCGAGACGGUCACUGUUCAGCUCAGCGCUCCUCACAAGGGCCAUCCUCUCAUCUUCAACGCCAAGGCCAUGUACCGCAAUGCGCGCGCCCGUCUCGAGGUGGAUCUGAAGUCGGUUCAAGAGGCCCUUCGCUACCACGAUUCGUACGAAGUCGCCGCGGCCAUGUCCAACGCUCGCGACAAGGUCAAACGCUCUAGCGAGAUGAUCAAGGUCAUCCAAGAGUGCUACAACUGCAUCGAGACGGCCGUCCUCCAAGGCGUCCGCUGGGUUGCUCGGACCUCGCCGACCAACUGGAGCAUCGAGCAUCCGCUCUGCGGCAUGGACCUCAUGAUCAUCCUCAGCCUCUGGCUUUAUCGCCUGGAACACGACGAAGAGCCGGCCACCGAGGAGGAGAUGCUCAUGUACAACAAGGUCCGACACCUUUUUGACAAGGACCUCGACGAGUCGUAUGUCUCGCAGCUGAGCUCCAUCGUUGCUCGUCUCUGGGGCUCGAUGCUUGACGAAGUGGUUGUGUGGGGAAUUACCAGACUUAUGGGAGAGUCUUUCAGACUGCACUCUCAAGCUCUCGUCGGCUACGUUGACGACAUUGAGGCGUCGUCGAACGUGACGACCCCGUCAAUGACCUCUCAGGGAGCCGACGAGGAUAGCGUGUGCUAUUAG